AUGGGCCCGCCACCAGGAAGCAACCUGUACCCGCCGAAGAAGAGGAGCUCAACAACUCCGACAUCGAUAGAGUCGCUAGAACACGACAUACUUUGUAUCAUAUUCUCCUACCUCGGCCUCUUCGAUGUCGUUCGCUGCUCAGCUGUUUGCAAAUUCUGGAAUGAGAUCAUACAAAGAUCAAAGUUACUGCAAUUACUUUAUUUGAAGCAACAAAGAAGCAGCAGGAGUAAUUUUUCAGAGGAAUCAUUGAAUGUGUAUUUGGAAGAGCUAGCUAUGGGUCAUCACAGGCAAUCUUUAGUACGGGGUUCUCUUCACAUUGAUCAAUGGAAAGGGCAUUCUGUUGGGGUUGACCAGUGCCGCAUGAAGAGGGGCUUGGUUCUUACCGGUGUUGGUGAUAAGGUUAUGCGUCUCUGGUCAUUGGAAAGCUACAAAUGUAUAGAAGAAUAUUCCAUUCCGGGUGGAGUCUCUCUGCUUGACUUUGAUUUUGAUGAGAGCAAGAUUGUUGGUUUGAUUGGGACACAAAUAAGUAUAUGGAGGCGCAAUGGGCAGAGAAGUAUAUUUCCCUCACGUGGAGGCACAUUCAUGAAGGGUUUAUGCAUGCGUUACUUUGAUCCAGAGGCUGUGAUUGGAUGUGAAGAUGGAACAGCUCGUGUAUUUGACAUGUACAGUAGGAAAUGUUCUCGAAUUGUUAGGAUGCACACAGAACCAGUGACUUGCUUAUCUUUAAGUGAAGAUCAAUUAAUUAUUAGUGGUUCCUCUUUAGGAAGAAUCACUGUAUCUGGUCUUUCAUUGGACCAGAGGGUGGCUACACUGAGACCCACCGAUUCCACAGGCAUAAAGAGUUUGUGUUUCAACCCUGUUUCUCAUCUUCUGUUUGCUGGAACAACUGCUGGAUAUGCAUCUUGUUGGGACCUUAGGACCAUGAGACAACUUUGGAAAACACGGGUGAGUCCAAAUGUUGUGUAUUCCUUGCAACACAUGCGUGGCGACACUUCAACACUGGUAGUUGGUGGAAUUGAUGGUGUGCUGCGUGUUUUGGAUCACAAUACUGGAGAAGUUCUCUCAAGCUAUGUUAUGGACCAUGGCGCCUCAUCAAGUUCUGGAUAUACUCAUGGAGUAAUAGAAAGAAAGAUAGGAAAGAGGCUCUCACAUGACUACAACAUUGACAGAAUCCCUAAAAUUUCUCGACCUCCUAUUACGUGCUUGGCUGUUGGGAUGCAGAAGGUGAUCACCACACACAAUAGCAAGUACAUCAGGAUGUGGAAAUUCAACAAAACUUGA